CCUUUAAAAAGUUUAUAGAUAAAAUUUCACUCUACUGCACAUUGUUUGUAAUAAAAUAGCAGCAGAAUUUCUUUAAAGUGAUAAUUAAUUGUUUUGCACGCAAUUAUUCACUCCAAUUUGUUGUGAAUAAUAAAACAAUCGCAGUAGCGCAAAACAAAAGCAUCACACUGCGACUUCGUGACGAUUGUUCCAUAGAACAAUCAUCCAAACUGAAUCACUGAACUUCUGCCUCAGUGCAUUUUAGGUAUAUCUUAUCUCUUGUUCAUACACAAAGCUAUUGCUGGAGUAUACUAACAACUAGCACUUUGUAGCUUAUUUUGCUAUUCGUUUGGUUUUGGAAGUUCAGUUUGCGAUUGACCGGCUAGCCAACUCUGGUUAUUGACUUGUCUCGUCAAUCAAGUGUGCCUGUAUUCGCGUCAGUUCUCAUCUAGAGUGUAAAAUUGUGUUCUAUCAUAUCACACGGAUUUCUUAAAAUUGAGUUGGAAGCAAAAUGGGAGGAAUAGACAGACUUGUGCCAUGCACAGUAAAAUUGGCGAAAUUCAUCAAAAAAUCUGGUUGUGAUGUUUUGUGUGUGAUUGACAAACAAAUCCCUUCAGAGUUGGUUGAUCAAUUCAAUGAAUUCCGAGCAUUUGAUAAGGCUUUUGAUAGUGUGGUUUCAUGCUUUAAAUCCCAGAAUUUAGAUCUUCCAGUGGUGUAUUCUCCCAUUGCUGAACUUAAUGAUUAUCAUGAUGUACGCGCUUACCAACAAGCUGCUGCAAAAUCGCUAAGUCGAGCAAUUAAGGCUGGAUUUCAAUCACCAUUGCUCUUGGUUCCUCAAAGCAAAAUCUUUUCCAAUGCUGAACUGUGUACAGUUUUGGGAGCUCUCGAAGAGCUUUAUGUUCCAAUUCAAUUGCGUGAAGAUGUUCCCGAAAAGAAACAACGCAUUACUAAUCUCUCUUUGAUGAUAUCCAAUCCUAAAGCUGAACAAAUCUAUAAAGAAGCAUUGCUUUUAGAAUCAGGAAGAUUUGUUGCUCGUGAUAUUGGUGUUGGUGAUCCAGAAAGAAUGUGUCCAACAAAUGUUGAGCAAUAUAUUAAAACUAUCUUCCCUUCACUUAAAAUGGAUAUAAUAAGCGAUAUUGAUGUUCUGACAAAGGAAUAUCCAUUGUUUGCUGCUGUGAAUAGAGCAGCCAGCACUGUGAAACGUCAUCAAGGACGAAUUAUAUUUUUGGAAUACAAACCACCACAGCCAGCUAAGAAAACAUUGAUGUUGGUUGGUAAGGGAGUAUGCUACGAUACUGGUGGCGCUGAUAUUAAAGCUGGUGGAAUCAUGGCUGGUAUGUCAAGGGAUAAGUGUGGAGCUGCCGCUGUAGCUGGAUUUAUGCAGAUUGUUCAAGAACAAAAGCCAGCCGAUGUGAAUGUCAUUGCUGCCCUAUGUUUGGUCCGUAACUCAGUUGGUGAAGAAUCCUAUGUAGCAGAUGAAGUUAUCACCUCUAGAGCUGGAGUUCGUGUUCGUGUUGGUAACACAGAUGCCGAAGGUCGAAUGUGUAUGGCCGAUGCUCUUUGCCGCAUGAAGGAAAUCGCCAAUGAACGCAACUUGCCAGAUCCCCAUUUGUUCACAAUUGCCACUUUAACAGGACACGCAUGCCUCGCUGUUGGAGAAGGCUAUUCGAUUGUAAUUGACAAUAGCGUAGCCCAGCAGGCUGGUCAUGCUUUAAAAUUACAAGAAAUCGGUACUUCAUUUGGAGAACCAUUUGAAAUUUCCAAAUUGCGACACGAUGAUUUUGAUUUUAAUUGUGGAAAAGUCAUUGGAGAAGAUAUUGUCCAAUGUAAUAAUGCUGCCUCGUCAAGAACUCCCCGUGGUCAUCAGGUCCCAGCUGCAUUUAUGAUUGUUACAACUGGUUUAGAAAAACACGGUCUCCAAUCGGAAAAACCACUUAAGUAUACCCACUUGGACAUUGCCGCCAGUGCUGGAGAAUAUCCAAAAAUGCCAACUGGUAUCCCAGUCAUUGCCCUAGCUAAAACUCAUCUUUGAGAAUUUAAUUAAAUACAAAUAACAUUGGUAUUGUGCUUAAAAAAAAUUUAAAAUUUUCAGGUUUGAUUACAAGCUUUUUUAGAGUUAAUUAUUUUGUAUACUGCUAAGUACUUAUUGAAAGCCACUGCAAUAGAAUCACAUUUUUUUUUUGUUUUUCAUUUAUAAAAUUAAUAAUAAUAAAUAUAAAUUGUGAAUUUUUGA